UAGUCGUAUUGAUACGGUCAAACGUGUGACAUCACGUUUCAAGGAUACACAAAUUAUCCAUUGAAUUUUCAUUUGCUUGUCUGUUUUUAGUUCGGUAGAAAAUUACAUGCAUCCACUUGUUUCUCGUUAGUUUUUAUACCAACUCAUCUGCCGUGGAAAGCUAAUUAUUUAUUUACCAGAUUUGAUUACGUGUAUACUCCACGACGAAGUAUACAUGUGUAGAAAUCAGUAAUAAUACCACGAAUCUGUCCGUGUUACAUAAUUUAUUCUGAUCCAUAUCCAAGGUUCUGCUCUAUUUAUCAUCACUUUAUUAUUCUCGUCUCGCUCAAUCCAAUUUAUAAAGUGGCAUUUGAUAGAUAAGGAUAAAAUGUUGACACUUGAUACGAGAAUUGACUGACGCGUUCUUCUAUCAAGAAAUGGGCUGCCUCGGAUAAGCAUGAAGUGAAAUAAUUCAUGUAUGGACGUAUUAAAAAAUAAAAUCUACUUGGCCCCUGACAUUUUAUUUAGCUUGUGGUCGGUCGAAUUCAUUAGUUCUGUUUUCAUCUACUUACUAACUACAAGGAACACGUUCCACCUGCCUAGUCUGCAAAUUAUUAUUGCAUUACUGCUCACCACACCGAAUAAUUCAAAGGAAUAUAAAGUAUAGAAUCGGGACUUGUCGGAGUUUAUAUCCCAACAGAGAAAGACAUCUCGUCCAACAUACUUUCCUGCACUUGACCCAUAUUUUCUCCAUUUCCCUGCGAAAUACAUACAUGUGUAUAUAGAACCUACCCGAAUUCCAUGCUGCUGCUGGUUUGGAGGUACUUUCUUUCUCGCAGCAGCCAGCUUUCACUUUAGCAUAACGCGUUCUUUCAUAAGUGUAGCUCACCGUGUGUAGAAUAUCGAGUUGUAUAACGAAUCCAUACGUCUUACAUAUGAAGUUGUGUUGUGAAUUAAUGUGUCAGUAGAGCUUCGUCUAAUUCAAAGCCAAGUACCUGCAUUGCGUUACUCAAUUUUAUGAGAUAAUCUGAAUUCUAUACAAAAAUAUGUAUUUUUCUGUGUAAAAGAGCAUAUUGGGUCAGUGAAAGUCAAAAGCUGUGUAUAACAAACUCGAGAUAUGCAAUUCUUACGUCAAAAUAAGAUAUCCUAGGCCUACAUACAUAUGUAUCUAGAGUGAGAAUCACUCAUUUGAAGAUAGAUAUACACAUUCGUACCUCACACUGUAAAAAAGUGGACAUAAAGAUAACCAGUACAAUAAGAUGAGUCGAACGAGCAAACCAUAUCCAUCUGAAGUGGCUACGCUGAAAAACAUCGUCACGAAAGAUUGGAGCCUUCCCAACACUUCGGUGGACGAAGUGUAUCCUGGAAUUUUUGUAGGAAAUGCAAUAAUUGCGAAAGACAUCAGAGCACUUGCACAUCUGGGAGUGACACAUAUCAUAAACGCGGCUUGUGGCGUGGACUCGAUCCGUUUUGUGGAUACGAGUGAAUUAUUUUACAUUUCAAGAAAUUACAAAUGCAAGUUCCUCGGGAUUCCGGCUAUGGAUGUGCCCACGUACCAGUUGAACCGAUACUUCAACGAGACGAGUGCAUUUAUAGAUGAUGCUGUACAAAGUGGGGGCAAGUGCUUAAUACAUUGCAUACAAGGGAUUUCUCGCUCAGCAACUUUAGUCAUUGCAUAUCUCAUGAUGAAAAAGGAGCUGACAGUAUAUGACGCCUUGAGCCUAGUCAGAAAUAAAAGAAAGAUUUGGCCGAACGAUGGAUUCUUGGUACAACUGUUGGAGCUGGGUUCUUAUCACUCCCGAAUGAGGAUUGCCUACCAGCAAAACAAUUAUUCUUUACGAUAAUGCGAAUGUCUUACGAGCAUUGUGAACAAUUUACAUACAAGACAUUAUUACAAGCAUUUGUUAAAGUUUUAAUUGACGUAUACAUUCUUUCUGUAUCCAAAUCACUGGUUAGUGACAAUUAUCUAUCUACUUAUCUAUGAUUGGAUGGAUUAUAGAUAUAUAUAAUUUAUUAAACAAGUACCAAUCUACUCAUACGUGUAAAUACACAUAGUAUGUAAACAUGUACAUUAAAAUGUACAUUAUAUAUGGUGCUUUAUUACUCUCGAAACCUGGACACAUGUAUGUACCUAAAUAUUCAUGAGUGAUUUAUCUGUAAAUUAUAAUGACAUUUAAAGAAAUUCAAUAAUUUGCAAAGUGUAAUGUAUUCUUAAAUGAUGAAAAAAAUAUUGUUAUUUCUGAAA